GCUCUGAAAACGGAACUGAAUUCAAUUUCAAGUUUGGUUAGUAAACAAGUUUGACGCGUUCUUUCACCGGCUUUGCAGUAUGGUGCAAUUUUAAUUUGAAAUGUUACAUUCUACAUGAGAUUUUCUAAAUAUGUUUUCUGUUUGCAUUUAAAGAAAAUUCAAGAAGCUACUCCAUGAUAACAAAGAACAGUAAAUAAUUUGCAACUAAGAAGUUUGUCUUGUCAAUUAUAUUUAGACAGGUGAAAAAGUAAAUUAAUUUUUUGACAUCUUAUCAGAUAUGGCUGAUCGCUUAACUCAACUGCAAGAUGCUGUGAAUGCUCAAGCAGAAAAUAUUUGCAACAGCAUUGGAGUAUUGCAGCAAUGUGCAACACCUAGCAUAUUUCCUGAAUUCGAUCGAGUUGGCCCUAAACCACCACCACCGCCUGAAGAUUAUUGCCAAAUUUUUGCUAAUUUAAUUUGUAAAACUGCCAAAGAUAUUGAUGUUUUAAUUGAUAGUUUACCGAGUGAAGAAUCUUAUCCUGAACUUCAAGAAGCCAGUAUUAAAAACUUGAAUGCUGAGAAUAUAGAAGCUGCUCGGGCUUUGGAAGAGCUUGUUGUCAAAGGAGAGUGUUUACUCGAGCAAAUACGUAAAGUUUUGAGCGAUAUAGCGCAGUCGGAGCAAGAAAUGCAAAAAAUUAGUAAUUUUCCAGAGAAAUGAUGUGGUUCUUCUGCUUUAAGAAGUUGAGGGGACAGCUUUCGAUUUUCUAUCAAGUUUCUCAAUAAGGAAAAUGUAAUAACUUUUUUUUUAUUGGUAUAAGGGUUAUUUUGCUCACUUCUAUUAUACAUAUAUAUUUUUAAUUUUGCAUAAAUUGCAUCCUUUAAACUCAAUGAUGAAUGAACAAUAUCAUUUGUAUGCCUCAAUCUUUUAUCAUUAUUCACAUUUGGCAAUUAGUCCCCCCCCCCAAUUUUUUGAAAGAAACAGAGAGGAAAAGGAGAAAACAGAGACUUGCACAAAGCUGGUACCAGUAUUAAUUAAAUGGAAUUUUUUAGAAACUGAAGAUGUUAUAAAAUUCCCUUUAAUCUGAAUAACUAUGUCAAAGUUAUUACAAAUAUCCAAAUGUGUUAUUAAUUAAUCUAUUAACUAAUAAAGAUUUUGUGUAAACACUUCUUGAAAUUUCCAUCUUUUAAAAGGUAUGUAUAUGCCAAAUUUAUUAACUAUCUAUUAUCCAGACUUAACCACAUAAAUUUGCUUUUAUUAUAAAUGAAGAUAAAUUAUUUGUAUUGUAUUUUAAUUUCAUAAAUGUAUAUGCAUGUAGUGAUGGAGUUGAAGAAGGAAAAGUCAGUAAACUUAUCUAAAGUGCUCAGACUAAUUUUUAAAAUAAAAACUUUUUGUAUUUAAAUUUUAAUUACUCUUUUAGUUUGUGUAUGUAUAUAUAUGAAUGAAUAAAAGCUAUGGAAAGUACUUUUUUUUUUGAGUUUUUAUUGAGUUAUAUUUUUAAUUUAUAUUUUAUUGAGUUAUAUUUUUAAUACUUUAUUGUCAAUUAUAACAGAUUAAACAGAUUUUUUUCUGAAAUUAAAAUCAUAUAUCUCAUUUCAUAUAAUAUUUAUAUUAAAAAGGAAAAUGUAUGUAUGGUAAAUUUUUCAUAUAAAUGUUCUUAAAACAUGAAAUUCAUGUUUGAUUCAAAAUUUAUAUUUCCGGACCAGAAGAACUUUUCAAAAUGUUCCUAGCUUAUACUCUUAUGAAAGUGUGCUUAUAAAAAUAUUUAACAAAGUUGUUGGUGCAUUAUUGAUCAAUUUUGCUAUCUAAAAUGUAUUUGCACUUAAGAAUGAAAAUUUUUUGUAAUUUUCUAAAGCUUGAAUAAUGCAUUUGUAAAGUUGUUUUUAUCUUCAGAUUUCAACCUUUUUUUAUACGACAAUUCACUUAUCUCUUCUAUGAAGCUUCUUGGAAUAGUUUAUUAGCUCUACCAGUGAACAGCCCUAGCUCUAUGUGAAAUUGUAUUUUAUUUUAAUGAUUGUAAUGCUUAAUUAACUUUCAUCAUCCUAUUUAUAGGACAGCUGCAUUUCACUUCUGUUUCUAAACCUAUUUCAUUCCAUUGUUUCUUUUUUAUUUUGUCAUGGAAAUUAAUAUCUACCCAUUUCCAAGCUUUUAAAAAAAGUCCAUGUGUCAUAUUCCAAUCAUUAGCUAGAUUUUUAAGUCAUAAUAUUGUCAUUUUGAUAUUUUGAGUUUCGAAUAAUGGAAAAAA